AUGACAGUGACAUACUCAAGCAAAGUUGCAAAUGCCUCGUUUUUCGGUUUUCAUAGACUGUUGCUUCGUUGGAGAGGAAGCAUUUAUAAAUUACUUUAUCGGGAGUUUAUCGUUUUUGCAUGUUUGUACUCCAUUCUGAGUGUUGUGUACAGAUUCGUACUCACAGACCCUCAGAAGCGUUUUUUUGAAAAAUUGUCCAUAUAUUGCGACCGGUAUGCUGAACAGAUUCCUGUCACUUUUGUGCUUGGGUUCUACGUGACCCUGGUGGUGAACCGCUGGUGGAACCAGUUUGUGAACCUACCCUGGCCAGACCGCCUCAUGUUCCUCAUCUCAAGCUGUGUACAGGGUAGCGAUGAACAGGGUCGCCUGCUGCGCCGUACACUCAUGCGCUACGUCAACCUCACCUCGGUGCUAAUCUUCCGCUCCGUCAGCACAGCUGUCUGCAAACGUUUCCCCACUAUAGAGCAUGUAGUAGAAGCAGGCUUCAUGACUCCUGAGGAAAGGAAGAUCUUUGAGAAUCUAAAAUCACCCCAUCUCAAGUACUGGAUCCCCGUGGUGUGGUUCACAAAUCUGGCCUCCAAAGCACGAAAAGAGGGCCGCAUCCAGGACAGUGUGGACCUACAGGCCAUCCUUAGCGAAAUGAACAAGUUCAGGACCUGGUGUUCAACUUUGUUUGGCUAUGACUGGGUUGGAGUCCCACUUGUCUACACACAGGUGGUGACAUUAGCUGUGUACACAUUCUUUUUAGCUUGCAUUAUUGGCCGUCAGUUUCUGGACCCUGAGCAGGGCUACCCAGGACAUGACCUUGACCUCUACGUUCCCAUAUUUACCCUGCUACAGUUCUUCUUCUACUCAGGCUGGCUGAAGGUAGCAGAGCAGCUCAUCAAUCCUUUUGGAGAGGACGAUGAUGACUUUGAAGCCAACUGGUGCAUUGACAGAAACCUACAGGUGUCUCUAAUGGCUGUGGACGAAAUGCACAUGAACAUCCCCCUCAUGACCAAGGAUAUUUACUGGAAUGAUCCAGACGUUCGCCCCCCAUACACCCUGGCUGCUGCCGAUUACUGCAUCCCCUCAUUCUUGGGCUCCACUACUGACAUGGGUCUCUCUGAAAUCAGUCAGGUUGAAGAUGUUGACAACCAUGAGCUAAGGAGGCAGGAAUCCGUGCUGGGCCGUGUCCGGCGUCUACUGAGCGUGCAGGAGCCGCCCAACCUACAGACGCGGCCAAGUUUCAAACGCCACAGCAGUGAUAUCUCCAGCUUCUUCCCUUUUGUGCCAGAUCAGCGUGUCCAUCCCGGACCCCUAGAAGACACAGCCAUCCAUCCACGUCCCCACUUCCCCCACUUCCACUCACCCCCGCCUGUUCUAGAGACUCUGAGCACCCUCCGUGAGGUCAGCAGCACACCUCCCUCACCCGACACACAAAUCAGCUGCCCCUCCUUCGGUGAAGUUCCAGCACUGGUGGUUAGCACACAUCAGCCUGGUAACCCUGGCAACAGUGUUAGCCAGAACACAACUACAGAGGCAAGUGCUCAGCCACCUCAGUCCAACAGAGAGCCCUGUCUACAAUCAGAGCGUCUUCAAAAUCCUGAGGUUCAAGUUGAGGACAAUCCAGGUGAGAACAUGAAAGGAGCAGACCUGUCUGUAUGCUACAGCCCUACAACUAUGGGGCCCAAGAAGUUCCGCUGGAGUACACAAGGUAAAAAGAGACGGCUCUCAUUCCAGUUGUCCAGGCAGUCCUCCAUGAGCUCCAUGCGAAGUCUGCCAAGCCCCAAAGCUUUAGUGAGGAGGACAGUCCCACGUGAGGUGCCACACUCGGCCACAGAAAGAUCACAGACUGAAGAACUGCCAGCCCUAGAGGCAGAUCUGUCUGAGCCCAGUGCCACUCGGGAGUCCGUCAGCCAGGAGAACAUGUGCAGAGAGAACCACUAG